UGGAACGUAAAGAUGAAUUUGUUUGGAACAAAUCCUCUGAUGACCUUUUUAAUAGGUUUCAUCUUUGUAAAACUAACAUCUUUAACUCGGGUGAAAACGGUGAACAGUGGAACUACUGUCUCUCUUCUGUGUGCAAACAUCUUGAAAGAACCCAGUUACAUCGCCUGGUUCAAGCAGAUAAAUGGAGCUCUACCACUUUGCAUUGCUACUCAAUAUGUUAGCGAAAAACAAGGAGACUCCAUAUAUUUAAAUGGCUUUAAGAAGGAUCAUGUGGAGAUGUCGGUGAACAAAACGUUUUCUUCCCUAAAGAUUGUCAAUGUUGACUUCACUGACUCUGGAAUGUUUUACUGUGGAAGUUUUUUGGUAAACUACAUGAUGUUUCACAACAAAACACAGUUAAUGGUAGUAAAUGAGACUAAUCAGUUUAAAGAGGAUAUUGCACAUGCCGAUUGUGGGGCGACUGAAGAAACUUCAAGAUCCUGCCACGUCUAUUAUACACUCACACUGAUCUUGAGCGGCUUGGUUUUGCUUUCCACUGUUUUUGCGAUUGUAGUCUUAAUCAGGAUGAAGGAAAGAAACAAGCAGAAACAAGAUACACAGCGCCGUGGUAAUAAUGAAGAGAUGAACAAACAGUUGCAGAAAAGGGAGCAAGAUGAAGACUUGAACUAUGCAGCUCUAAGUUUAGACAAGAAAAAGAGCAGAAGACCAGUAAGAAAAAUAAGGGAGGUGGAAACAAACGUUAUUUAUGCUGCCACACGCUGAUCCACAUUAUCAGACCGUUUGACACAAAACACACUUGAAACUGUGCUUAUGUUAAAUACACAAACUGUGUAGCUAGUUGUGCUGUUGAAUAUUGUUGUGAUUUUAUGCUAUUUUAUGUCUAGCGCUUGAUCCAUAUUUACAGUUGAAAGUGCUUUUUAAAUAAAAAUGUGAGUUGAGUUUAGAGCUGUCACAAGUGGCGUAAAGCAAUGAUGACUCAGGGGCCACACUCUUAGAAAAAAGGGUUAAUUACGGUUCUAUAUAAAGCAUAGGGUUCUUUA